CAAGGCAUAGUGUGCAGUGCUCCUCAACCCUGCACAGGGCCCUGACCUCAUCACGCCCCCACCGCCUCAUACUGUGCGUCUCCAAGCUGCAGGGGUGACAUCCAGGCCUGGGCUGGUCUGAAGGUCGGUCAGCAGCUAAGCCCCAAGCCAUGCUGGGGAGCUUUGGCCCUGAUGGGUUGUCAGGGUUCAGGAUUAGUGCUGUCACACUGGGCAGAGGCCUGAGAUGGGGGGGACAAAAGGAACACUUGUUUGGAAAGUGCUGGAGAAUCUACGGCCCCCACUGGGACAGUGACAGAGUGACAGUGGGCUGGCCUGGGCCACCCACACACCUCAGCCCCUUGGCUCCCUCGGGACACAGCCCUGCUCUUACUUGGGCCCUGGAGCCAACACCCUCCCCCAGCUCAGCUCACAGGUGCAGUCGCCUCAGGGUGGCCUCUUGGAAGGGGGCCUGGGCCAUGCCAGGGCUGAGGGGCCCUGGGGGCCAGCAAGGUGGGGUGGGUCAGAGGCUGCCAGGCAGGAAACAGGAGCUGGCAGGGUGAGGGGGAGCUGUGGAGUGCAGCCUGUGCCUCAGGGCAUCUAGGGGACAUAAAGGCCAGGCUGAGGAGGCUGCCCCAGCUCUGCUGCACACCAGUGCCCUGAGGAGCCUCCGCCAUGCUGCUGGCUGUGUGGGUCACUGCCCUCCUUGUCCUGCUCCAGCUGUCCCCAGGCCAGGCCCAGGUGCCCAUCCAGGCCAACUUUGACCCCAGCAAGUUCCAGGGCCUCUGGUAUGUGGUUGGGGCUGUGUCUGACGACCAGGGGUUCCAGGACUCUAAGGAUGACAUGAAGAUGCCUGUGGUCUCGGUGACUUCCCUGGCUAAUGGUGACCUGGCCCUCAAGUUUGGGUACCCCACGCCUGAUGGUGGCUGCCAGAAGAUAGAGACAACCUAUACCAAGGGCGCAGCGGACGGGCAGUUCAGUGACCCAGCCAUGGCCCAGACUGACAUCCGCGUGGCCUCAACUGACUACGACCACUUCGCGCUGAUGUACUUUGAGACACAGAAGGCGGGCGUGCGGAACGUCUGGCUGCAGCUCUUCGGUGCGCCCAUGGGCGGGUCCCCCCCGGGGCUGGGCGCAGGCCUCUCCCUGAGUCCUGGUUGGUCUGAGUGUCACUGCCCUGGAAGGACGGGCCCUUGCCUCCACGUGUCACUAGGGGUCCUGAGAAUCCCGGGUCUGUGGCAGAGGGGUCUGGCCCUGCCCGCUGGGCUCACCUGCCCCCCGCUGCCCCCAGCCCGCACCCCAGAGCCAUUUCCUGAAGGCGCCCAGAAGAUGCAGGAGCUGGUAUCUCAAGUGGGCCUGAAUCCCAGCCAGGGCGCUCUGAUGCCCAAGUCAGAGCAGUGUACCGGCGCCAUGUCCCAGUGAGGGAUCCAGGUCAAGUGCCGGUGGAGGCCCAGCCACCCUGUGUCCUGAGCCCUCUGCAGAAAGCACCCUGUUUCUCUCCCCAGGCCCCCAAACACAAUAAAUGGUCUUGGAAAUUCAGAUAAGGUGUGCUUUUGUGGAAGUGGGCACAGUGGGUGGCAGAGUGGCCUGGGAAAGGUGCCAUGAGAAUGGCUGAGCCCCAAUUCCUAAGGCCCAGGGCCCACCAGAGCUGGGCACCACUGGGCACGGGCUGGACCC